AUGGAUGAUUUAAGGCUAUCGUACGAGUUCGGUAAAUUGGAUGACCUUGUUGAGGAAAGGUCAAGGUUGUCCAAUGUCCUGAAAAUGAAACCGUCCAAUCAAGAUAAUGUGAGGCUGAAAAAGCAGUUAAACAAGACACUAGACAUUUUGAAAGAGGCCGUAAAUGAUGGUAUUGAUGUCAGUAUCAUCGAGAACUACUCUAAAAAAUUUAAUAAUUUGCUCUUGCAACUUCCGGAGGGGACCAUAAAAGUAUCGCUAUAUCAAUUUGAGAUGCCUGUAACUAUUGUACCGACAUCCGGGGAUUCGGAUGAUAUCGAUUUGCCUAAAAAAGUGCGUUUUAAGGAUGAAGAGUCCUCGUAUGCAUAUGAACCAGAGUCCAGUCAUUUUGAGCCUUAUCAUGACGAAAUCAGCGAGACCACAGGAGAUGCCGAGAUGGACAAGCACUCUAGUGAGGAGCACCCAUCUAUAUCAGGUUCCGACGCGAUUCACAAUUUGAAUAUUAUCUCUCCUGGAGUAUCUAAUCAAGAUGUUUUCAUUCAACAACAACAGCAACUGUUGGAGCAAGACUCUCAGCUUAGUAUACUAUCGAACUCCGUGCACAGAUCAUACAAUAUGUCGUUGGAUAUCAAUCAAGAAGUUACAGAGCAAAACGAUCAUGUCUUGCAAGAUUUAGAGAGUCUCGUGAACAACAGUGGGAGAAAUCUGGACAAAGCAAAGAGACGAUUGGAGAUUUUCGAAAAAAGUGCAAAAGAAAAUGGGCCUUGUGCUAUAAUUGUACUACUGGUAAUAAUACUGAUUUUGUUGAUAGUGAUCUUGUAA